CAGGUCACAUGUUGCAGCGUCACUGUGUGUAGUAAAGUUACUGUAGUUUGCCACGGCUCCUCAUUUGAGCCUCAGAGGUCUCUCAUCCGCCGUGCGCUUCUGCCGCUGCUGCUUCUGCCGCUGCUGCUCCAAGUGCGGCGUUUUUCCUGCGCUUUCACCAUGCGACAACUUCAAUUUGACGCGGUCUCCAAACGGUCUCCAAACGCGGCGCGCAGCCAUGGGAGUGCAUUACCUCAUCCAUGCAAUUUCCACCAUCAAUAAUUUAAUAUAUUUGCUCCAUAGCCGAAGAAGAGAUAUCCUGAAGCUUGACUUGGGGAAAAAGAGAGAGGAAAAUACCGCUUAAAGUGAAUUAAGUUUGUCUAAAGCGUCCCUGAUGACACUGUCCUCUUGAAUGGUCUCUUUUACCACUUGGGCAGUAAAAGUUCCACCAGGUUAGAAGAGUGAUGACCAUCCUGUUUCUUACUAUGGUAAUUUCAUACUUCAGUUGCAUGAGAGCCGCGCCCCUGAGAGACGCCCCGGGUAUGAGGGCCCAUCGGACGGAGGGCUACUUGGGCGCUGCUGCUGCGACUGCGGGCCGGGGCCACGGGACUGCUCAGGGCAGCGGGGGCGAGCUGGCGGCGCUCACAGACACGUUCGAGCAGGUCAUUGAGGAGCUGCUGGAGGUGGAGGGCAACGCCCAUCUGGGACAGGGCUCGGACAAGAGCCAGGGCGGAGGGGGGCCCAGUCCGGUGCUGCCGGCAGAGACCAAGGAUGUCGACUUGUACAACUCGCGGGUGAUGAUCAGCAACCAAGUGCCUUUGGAGCCGCCGUUGCUCUUUCUCCUGGAGGAAUACAAAAACUAUCUGGACGCAGCCAACAUGUCUAUGCGGGUGCGCCGGCACUCGGACCCGUCGCGGCGCGGAGAGCUCAGUGUGUGUGACAGUAUUAGCCAGUGGGUGACAGCUGUGGAUAAAAAGACGGCAAUAGACAUGUCUGGGCAGACAGUUACCGUCAUGGAAAAGGUCCCUGUCCCCAAUGGCCAACUGAAGCAAUACUUUUAUGAGACCAAAUGCAACCCCAUGGGGUACACGAAGGAGGGCUGCAGAGGAAUAGACAAGCGGCAUUAUAAUUCCCAAUGCAGGACAACCCAGUCCUACGUGCGAGCGCUUACCAUGGAUAGCAAAAAGAAGAUCGGCUGGCGCUUUAUAAGGAUAGACACUUCAUGUGUAUGCACAUUGACCAUUAAAAGAGGGAGAUAGUGUAUAAAAUGUAUAGAUUUUAUUGAAGAGUUUAAAAAAAGAGAAUAAAGAGAAAAUAUCUAUUUGUAUAUAUACAUAACAGGGUAAAUUAUUCCGUCAAAUGAAAAUUUUAUGGACUGCAUGUAAAAAAAGAUGAAGUUUAUACAGUAAAAGUGAUACUACAGUCUAUUUAUUGAACAUAUUCAUGACCUUGUAAACAAUUAAAAAAAAUCUGAUCAGUCAUUUGCGCCCAGUUUAAAUUACUAUCACAUUCCUCCAAGACAUUGUGAUUUGUUUACGUUGCCAAGAAUUAGAAAAUGAAGGAAAAAAACAAGGCAAGGAAUGAAGGAGGACAGCUCCAUCUUUAAGGCUUGCAUGCUGCUUCAAUUGUGAAUUGAAAAAUUCUCCACUUACAAAAAAGGAUAUGACGCUUACCAAAAACAUCCCGUUACAUACUCAGAACCUCCUGCAGUAAUUUCUCUGUUUACUGUUCUAAACUUCUCAAGGUAAUGUUGGAACUACAUACUAUGUCAAGGUGCUGUUGUCAAAGCUUUGCUGUUUAUUUUUUUAUCCCCACCAGAGGACAAGAUAUAUAUAAAAGAGUAUAUAUAUAUAUAUCUAUAUAUAUAUAAAAUCUAUUCAUGACAUGUUUCUGGGUUAAUAUUAUUCAUUUUGUAUGUUGUGAAGUUGUUUGCAAUAUUAAACUGAAAUAUUUGAAGAAAUAAAAAUGACUAUAGGCAACUG